AUGGAACACAAGGAAUUCCAAACUAUGGUGGAUACAAUAUGGAAGCGGAAGCUGGGAAAUGACCCUAUGGACAACAUAUGGCAGAAUUUACAACAAUUGAAAACUGAGACUAAAGGAUUAAACAGGGAGAUGACAAGCUAUGAGAUAAGAUUGAAUCAAAUAAGACAGCAGCUAGAGUAUACUCAGAUUAAUUUGAAGCUUGAUCCCUUUAAUCAGGAUCUGAUUGAGAAGGAAAAGCAGACCUUGCAGGAACUAGAGAAAUGGAGUAUAAUAGAAGAAAGAGUUCUGAAACAGAAGGCAAGAGUAAACUGGAUAGACUAUGGGGAUUCAAACUCCAAAUACUUCUAUGCACAACUGAAGAUCAGAGCAAGUAAGAACUCAAUUACUACUGUGUACAAUGAUAUGGGAGCUAGAGUCACAGAACCUAAAGCUGUAGAAAAAGAAUUCAUCACCUUUUUUAAGCAGCUGAUGGGAACUGACAGUGGGAUCAAACCAUGUCCUAAUACCAAAUUCAUCAAAGCAAGAGUGUGCUUGUCAUUGGAACAGCAACAGGAGCUAAUAAAGGAAGUAACAUAUGAAGAGGUUGAUGAAGCAGUGAAAGACAUACCAAAUUAUAAAGCCCCUGGAGUUGAUGAUUUCCAAUAG